UUUUCGUUAACGGCGCGAGGCGGUUGUGUUUUUUAAUCGGCGGCGCAUGAGGUUGUCGGUUCUAAUUUUGAAAAAAACUUGUUUUCGCUUUACAUUCAAAGAACGAACCUCCCCAUAUAUGUAAACGAAUCGUAAUUGCAGGCUAUCACUUAUAUAGGCAUUGGUACUGAGAUACUGUGAGAUACAGAUACAGCACUUCACGAUGUCGAACUCGGUUUUGGUGUUUUUCGUGAAUGGAAAGAAGGUCACCGAAGUGGCUCCUGAUCCGGAGUGCACGCUCCUCACAUUUCUGCGCGAAAAGCUGCGGCUGUGUGGAACCAAGUUGGGAUGUGCGGAGGGAGGAUGCGGCGCCUGCACCGUGAUGGUGUCCCGCCUGGACCGCCGGGCCAGCAAGAUUCGUCACCUGGCGGUCAACGCCUGCCUCACGCCAGUGUGCGCCAUGCACGGAUGUGCGGUGACCACGGUGGAGGGCAUCGGGAGCACCAAGACCCGCCUGCAUCCGGUGCAGGAGCGACUGGCCAAGGCACACGGAUCGCAGUGCGGCUUCUGCACCCCUGGCAUCGUGAUGUCCAUGUACGCACUGCUCCGGAACGCGGAGCAACCGUCUAUGCGGGACUUGGAGGUGGCUUUCCAGGGCAACCUGUGCCGCUGCACUGGCUAUCGACCCAUCCUCGAGGGCUACAAGACCUUCACCAAGGAGUUCGCCUGCGGAAUGGGCGAGAAGUGCUGCAAGGUUAGUGGAAAGGGCUGCGGAACCGAUUCGGAGACCGAUGACAAGCUCUUCGAGCGCAGCGAGUUCCAGCCCUUGGAUCCCAGCCAGGAACCCAUCUUCCCACCGGAACUUCAGCUGAGUGACGCCUUCGAUUCGCAGAGCUUGAUAUUCAUCUCGGACAGGGUGACGUGGUAUCGUCCCACCAAUCUGGAGGAGCUCCUUCAGCUGAAGGCCAAGCAUCCGGCUGCUAAGCUGGUGGUGGGCAACACGGAAGUGGGCGUUGAGGUCAAGUUCAAGCACUUCCUCUACCCGCACCUCAUCAAUCCCACCCAGGUGAAUGAGCUGCUGGAGAUCAAUGAGUCCCAGGAUGGCAUUUACUUCGGCGCGGCUGUCAGUUUGAUGGAGAUCGAUGCACUUCUCCGGCAGAGAAUCGAGCAGCUGCCGGAAUCGGAGACCAGGUUGUUCCAGUGCGCCGUGGAUAUGCUUCACUACUUUGCCGGAAAGCAGAUCCGCAAUGUCGCCUGCUUGGGUGGAAACAUCAUGACUGGUAGUCCCAUUUCCGAUAUGAACCCUGUGCUCUCGGCAGCAGGAGCUCAACUGGAGGUGGCUAGCUUUGUGGAUGGAAAGAUCCAAAGGAGAUCGGUUCACAUGGGAACUGGCUUCUUCACUGGCUAUCGCAGGAAUGUUAUCGAAGCCCACGAGGUGCUGCUGGGCAUCCACUUCCAGAAGACCACUCCGGAUCAGUAUAUCGUUGCCUUCAAGCAGGCCAGGAGGAGAGAUGAUGACAUAGCCAUCGUAAAUGCCGCCAUAAACGUUCGCUUUGAGUACAAAUCCAACAUUGUGGCGGAGAUUUCAAUGGCCUUCGGUGGAAUGGCUCCCACCACAGUGCUGGCUCCUCGAACUUCGCAACUGAUGGCUGGUCAGGAGUGGAGCCACCAGCUCGUGGAGCGCGUGGCGGAGAGCUUGUGCACGGAGCUGCCUUUGGCUGCCUCUGCCCCUGGUGGCAUGAUCGCCUAUCGUCGAGCUCUGGUGGUGAGCUUGUUCUUCAAGGCCUAUCUGGCCAUCUCUCUGAAGUUGAGCAAGUCGGGGAUCACAUCUUCCGAUGCCGUGCCUUCGCAGGAACGAAGUGGUGCCGAUAUAUUCCACACACCAGUCCUCAAGAGUGCCCAGCUCUUUGAGCGCGUCUGCAGCGAUCAACCCACCUGUGAUCCCAUUGGCAGACCCCAAGUCCAUGCGGCUGCUUUGAAACAGGCCACCGGAGAAGCCAUCUACACCGAUGACAUUCCCCGCAUGGAUGGGGAAGUGUAUCUGGCCUUUGUCCUAAGUACCAAGCCACGCGCCAAGAUCACUAAGCUGGAUGCCAGUGCAGCAUUAGCCAUGGAGGGAGUGCAUCAGUUCUUUUGCUACAAGGACCUAACGGAGCAUGAGAACGAAGUAGGUCCCGUGUUCCAUGAUGAGCACGUUUUCGCCGCUGGAGAGGUUCAUUGCUAUGGUCAGAUUGUGGGCGCCAUAGCUGCCGAUAAUAAGGCGUUGGCCCAAAGAGCCGCUCGCCUGGUGAAAGUGGAGUACGAGGAGCUGAGCCCGGUUAUCGUGACCAUAGAGCAGGCCAUCGAGCACAAGUCCUAUUUCCCGGACUAUCCCCGAUUCGUGACCAAGGGCAAUGUGGAGGAGGCCUUAGCCCAGGCGGAUCACACUUUCGAGGGCACCUGCCGAAUGGGCGGACAGGAGCACUUCUACCUGGAGACCCAUGCCGCAUUGGCGGUUCCUCGCGACAGCGAUGAGCUGGAGCUCUUUUGCUCUACGCAGCAUCCCUCGGAGGUCCAAAAACUAGUGGCCCAUGUGACCGCACUUCCUGCCCAUCGUGUGGUCUGUCGUGCCAAGCGCUUAGGUGGCGGUUUCGGUGGCAAGGAGUCCAGAGGCAUCUCCGUGGCCCUUCCCGUUGCCCUGGCCGCCUAUCGAAUGGGUCGUCCAGUGCGCUGCAUGCUGGAUCGCGACGAGGACAUGCUCAUCACCGGCACAAGGCAUCCCUUCCUCUUCAAAUACAAAGUGGGCUUCACCAAGGAGGGUCUAAUCACUGCCUGUGACAUCGAGUGCUACAACAACGCCGGCUGGUCCAUGGAUCUCUCAUUUUCGGUCCUGGAGCGCGCCAUGUACCACUUCGAGAACUGCUACAGGAUUCCCAACGUGCGAGUGGGUGGAUGGGUCUGCAAGACGAACCUGCCCUCGAAUACCGCCUUCCGCGGCUUUGGCGGUCCGCAGGGCAUGUACGCCGGAGAGCACAUCAUCCGGGAUGUGGCGCGGAUAGUGGGUCGCGACGUGGUGGAUGUGAUGCGGCUUAACUUCUACAAAACGGGAGACUACACACACUACCACCAGCAGCUGGAGCACUUCCCCAUUGAGCGGUGUCUGGAGGAUUGCUUGAAGCAGGCGAGAUAUGACGAGAAGCGCCAGGAGAUUGCUCGGUUCAAUCGGGAGAAUCGCUGGCGGAAGCGUGGUUUGGCGGUGGUGCCCACCAAGUAUGGAAUCGCAUUUGGUGUGAUGCACUUGAACCAAGCGGGAUCGCUGAUCAACAUCUAUGGAGAUGGGUCCGUGUUGCUUUCCCACGGAGGAGUUGAGAUCGGACAAGGUCUGAAUACCAAGAUGAUUCAGUGCGCCGCCAGGGCGCUGGGUAUUCCGCCGGAACUGAUUCACAUUUCGGAGACGGCCACGGAUAAAGUGCCCAACACCUCACCCACUGCGGCGAGUGUGGGAUCCGAUCUGAACGGAAUGGCCGUACUGGAUGCAUGUGAGAAGUUGAACAAAAGACUGGCGCCCAUCAAGGAGGCAUUGCCUGGAGGCACCUGGAAGGAGUGGAUCAAUAAGGCGUACUUCGAUCGGGUCAGUCUCUCGGCCACCGGAUUCUACGCCAUGCCCGGCAUCGGAUAUCACCCGGAGACCAAUCCCAAUGCCCGCACCUACAGCUACUUCACGAAUGGCGUGGGAGUCACUGUGGUGGAGAUCGAUUGCUUGACUGGCGACCACCAGGUGCUCAGCACGGACAUCGUCAUGGACAUUGGCUCUAGCCUGAAUCCGGCUAUAGACAUUGGUCAGAUCGAGGGUGCAUUCAUGCAGGGCUAUGGACUGUUCACGCUGGAGGAGCUAAUGUAUUCCCCGCAAGGCAUGCUCUACUCCAGGGGGCCGGGCAUGUAUAAGCUGCCAGGAUUCGCCGACAUUCCCGGGGAGUUCAAUGUCAGCCUACUGACCGGUGCCCCCAAUCCUCGGGCAGUCUACUCCUCCAAGGCAGUGGGAGAGCCCCCUCUCUUCAUAGGAUCCUCUGCAUUCUUUGCCAUCAAGGAGGCCAUUGCAGCUGCUCGCGAGGAUCAGGGCUUGAGUGGUGACUUCCCACUGGAGGCGCCGUCCACCUCGGCCCGCAUUCGCAUUGCUUGUCAGGAUAAAUUCACCAAACUGCUUGAUAUACCCGAACCAGGAUCAUUUACGCCGUGGAACAUUGUGCCUUAAAAUUGUUUUAUUGUUUGUAGCAGAUUGCUUAUGCAUUUGAAAUGACGAUUUUAUUUGUAAAUUUGUUUAUAUCCAUAUAUAGUGAAG